CCUCCAGCCAAAGCUCGCGCAGACCCCACGGCAACGCGAUUACUACCGACAUCUCAGUUUGGACCCCAAAACCGUGUUAGCCCAAUUGUUUUGGCAAUAACCUUGUCAGACAGCUUUGAAUUUACCUUAAAUAUGUCUACCAUCGUCUACUGUCAAACGGAUCAGGUUAUAAUGCACAAUCAACACAGUAAAGGUUUGACUCUAUAGCCAACGGGAAUCCGAGGACUUGAUUACAGUCGCUCUAAGCCUGAGAGUUUGCAUUAGCGCGGCUGCCCCCCCCCAUCCCGCUCCGUGCCCGCUACGUACUCGGCGUCUCCUGUGCUGCUCAACCUGCAGUGAAGGAACGACCUGGGUACCAUCUUGCUGCUUCUUGGCACAGCUGUUUUGCUCUGAAUUACGUAAAUUCUGAUUAGGACCAACAUUCAAAAAAGAAAAAAUGAUUCCCAAUGGAUAUUUGAUCUUUGAAGAUGAGAGUUUCCUGGAUUCCACCGUUGCUAAAAUGAAUGCCCUUAGAAAGAGUGGCCAGUUCUGCGAUGUGAGACUUCAGGUGUGUGGUCAUGAGCUGAUGGCGCACCGUGCAGUUCUGGCUUGUUGCAGCCCAUACUUAUUUGAGAUCUUUAACAGCGACCUUGAGCCUCAUGGUGUCUCCCAUGUGAAGUUUGAAGAUCUGGACCCAGAGGCUGUGGAGAUCCUGCUCAAUUAUGCCUACACUGCCCAGUUGAAGGCAGAUAAGGAGAUGGUUAAGGAGGUCUACUCUGCAGCCAAAAGACUCAAGAUGGAAAGAGUGAAGCAGAUUUGUGGAGAAUUCCUGCUCUCUAAAAUGGACUCCCAGAAUGCCAUCUCCUACCGCAACUUUGCUAGUAGCAUGGGGGACACUCGUCUGCUAGCCAAGAUUGACUGCUACAUUCAGGAACAUCUCCUGGAGGUGUCUGAGCAGGAAAACUUUCUCAAACUGCCCCGCCUGAAGUUAGAGGUGAUGCUGGAAGAUCAUGUGAGUCUCCCUGGUAAUGGGAAGCUCUACUCCAAGGUGAUCAGCUGGGUGCAGCGCAGCCUGUGGGAGAAUGGCGAACCACUGGAGAGUCUGAUGGAAGAGGUGCAAACGCUGUACUACUCGGCCGAUCACAAGCUUCUCGAUGGGGGCCUGCUUGAGGGCCAGGCUGAGGUGUUUGGCGCUGAGGAUGACCACAUUCAGUUUGUGCAGAAGAAGCCCCCACGUGAGAACGUUCACAGGCAGCUGAGUAGCAGCUCUUCCGGCAGUCUCUCCCCCGGCUCGGUCAGACAACCCUGCAAGCAUGACUGGAAGUACAUCGCCUCCGAGAAGAUCACCAACAGCACGUACCUGUGCCUGGCAGUGCUGAAUGGCGUGCUGUGUGUGAUCUUCCUGCAUGGGCGGAGCAGCCCCCAGGCCUCUCCCUCGGCCACGCCCUGCCUGCAGAAGAGCCUGAGCUUUGAGGCUUCACCCCAGGAGGAGGAGCCAGAGCGGCUGCUGGCUCCCAUGCACUAUGCUCGCUCCGGCCUGGGCACCGCAGCCCUCAAUGGGCAGUUAAUUGCUGCAGGUGGUUAUAAUCGUGAGGAGUGCCUAAGGACUGUGGAAUGCUACGACCCGAAGACUGACAGCUGGAGAUUCAUUGCACCAAUGAGGACCCCUCGGGCUCGCUUCCAGAUGGCUGUUCUCAUGGGUCAGCUCUAUGUGAUGGGCGGUUCCAACGGCCAUUCUGAUGAAUUGAGCUGUGGAGAGACGUACAACCCGAACAUGGAUGAGUGGGCUCAGGUGCCAGAACUCCGGACCAAUCGUUGCAAUGCAGGUGUCUGUUCUCUGAACAACAAGCUGUAUGUUGUUGGAGGAUCAGACCCUUGCGGGCAGAAAGGUCUGAAGAACUGCGAUGCUUUUGACCCUGUGACCAAAGAGUGGACCAGCUGUGCCCCCUUAAAUAUCAGGAGGCACCAGGCAGCCGUGUGCGAGUUGGAUGGUUUCAUGUAUGUGAUUGGUGGAGCAGAGUCCUGGAACUGUCUGAACAGUGCGGAGCGCUACAACCCCGAGAACAACACCUGGACGCUCAUUGCCCCCAUGAAUGUGGCUCGUCGAGGGGCCGGAGUGGGCAUCUACGCAGGGAAGCUGUUUGUAGUGGGUGGCUUUGACGGCUCUCACGCGCUGCGCUGUGUGGAGGUCUACGACCCAGCACGGAAUGAGUGGAGGAUGUUGGGCAGCAUGACUUCAGCCCGCAGCAACGCAGGUGUGGCCGUGCUGGACGACUUUGUCUUUGCUGUGGGCGGCUUCGACGGCAAUGAAUUCCUAAACACCAUGGAGGCGUACAACCCGGGGCGGGAUGAGUGGAGCACCGGCGCUGAGGCUUCCACCUUGGCCUGAGCACCGGGG